AUAAAUUGUGUCAUACACUGUGUAAGACUUAUACGGGCAUGUGCUGGAAAUCACGCGAUUUCGUUCCGUUUCCGAAAUUGCAAAUCGCAUGAAUUAGUUUGGGGUGUGCUGAAUUCCACGCGAUUUCAGUGAAGUUCGAAGUUAAGUUCGAAACAGCUGAUUGUCAGAGAAAAGAAAAAAUUUGUUUAAUUUUGAGUUGAAGAUUUGUGUUAAAAUGAGCGUUUUCAUUCUUUCUGCUUAUUUAUUGAAUCAAAUGAACUGGAAAAGUGAUGAAAAGGUUGCGCGACGACUUUUAAGAGACCACUCCAAUCCUUUGGAUAUUCCAGAGCCUGUUUUUAUUUCGUACUACAGGAUAAACAAAGAGGCCUUUCGGAAUGUAGUUAACGAUAUUAAGCCUUUAAUACAUCUGUCGUCCAUACCUGUUGAGUUGAAACUAGCAACCACGUUGAAGGAGGAUUCCAACGGUCUAUUGGAAAGGAUUCACAUAUUGCAUGUGAUAGGACGACGGUGUCAAAAAUUUUAAAAGAGAUGUUAAACGUUUUAGAGCGAACACAAUGUCCAAAGUGGGUAAAGUUUGGAAGGACACAUUAUGAAGUUCGUCAGUCCAAUUUACAUUUUUACAACAAAUUUGCUAUACCUGGCGUUAUUGGCUGCAUCGACGGGACUCACAUCAAAUUACUAAAACCUUGCGACAAUGAGCAUUUAUAUUUAAAUAGGAAAGGUUGUUUUAGCGUCAAUGCUAUGAUAGUAUGUGACUAUAAAAUGAGUAUAACAGCUGUGGAUGCGUGCCACCCCGGAUCAAGUCAUGAUGCUUUUAUUUUCAAUUUAUCCAAUAUAAAACAGUCUCUUUUAUCCAGUUUUCAAAGCGGUGACCACAGCUCCUGGUUACUAGGGGAUUCAGGCUAUGCGUUAGAACCAUAUUUACUCACACCUUAUCGCAAUCCGACUUCUGGAACAUCGCAGCAUAAAUUUAAUUUGCAACAUGCAAAAGCUCGUAACAUCGUGGAAAGAGUAAUUGGGGUGCUAAAAAGUCGCUUUAAAUGUUUGCAAACUGUUUUGCCAUACACCCCACAGAAAGUUGUUAAAAUUAUUAACGUAUGCUGUGCUUUUCACAACAUAUGUCGAUUUUAUAAUGUUGAUGAUUCCAUGUAUGCGUUUUCCGAAGAAGUAAUCGAUGAUGACCCUGCUGAAAAUAAUAGCAGUCUUGAAACUACCGCGACAAAUAUCAGGGAUCAAAUUGCAAACAAUUUAAUGCAAACACUUUCAAUUUCAUAA